CAACAAUAAAGACACAUUGUCUCCCGAGACAGUUCUCUACUGUUGAUAUUAAUUGGGACUGUGUACAGGGCAGACUAAUUUAGAACUUCUUAAAAAUUUUUUAAAACUAAAGACUAAAACUGGGCACUGGCAUGUUCGGUAAAUUCAACCUUAAAAGAUUUGAAGGAGAGAAAAAAAUUGCUCAAACAGUACAGGCAAAAAAGAAGGAGCUAAAACAGUAGAACUUAAUAUGGAGAUCCGUGUAGUACAAAUCUUUGGAUUUUUUCUGACCGCUUUGGGCUGGAUUUUUAUUGCUUGUUCUUUGGCCCUGGAGGGCUGGAAGGUGGGUACGGUUGGUGGCCAGGGUGGCAGUUCCGUUGUCUACAUUACUUGGUACUGGUCUAGCCUGUGGCGGAGCUGCUCCACGUCCUCUAAUGCUGUCUCCAACUGCUAUGACUUUCCAGUGCUCUGGUCCGUCGACAGUUAUGUACAGAUUGUGAGAGCACUACUUAUAGGUGGAGUAUCCACUGGCAUGCUAGGCUUCAUUCUGAGCCUGAUAGGGAUGGAAUGCACUUACAUAGGGGGCAAAGAGAAGAAGAAGAACAGAAUCAUAUUCGUUGGAAGCCUCUGUCAUACUACCAGUGGUUUGUUAGCUGCAGCGGGGUAUGCAGUCUAUGCUCGCAACGUUACAAUAGAUUUUUUCAACCCCAGCUUCGAAUUAAAGUUUGAUCUGGGCACGCCAUUGUUUGUUGGAUGGGCUGGAAGUAUAUUUCAGUUCACUGGAGGAAUCUUCUACAUGGUUUCAAUUUAUAAAAUCUGGUGUUCAGACAGGACAAUCACUGAAAUAACUCCUGCUGAUGAAGCCGUAGUCCUGCAUUCCAUUCCUACAAAUAUCUCCAUCUCCUCUGAGCUUACUUCCAGAUCCAAAAUGUCCACAGUUUCUGAGCUCUCCUUAAAGUCAUCUCCCACUAUGUCCAAUAUCUCACAUAAGUCUUACCAUCUUUCCAAAGUCUGAUGUUAUUUUAAGAACCAAAACAUAUCAAAAGAUUAUAGGAUUCUAUCUAUGUCUAUGGGACUUUAUAUGUUUGGAAUAUUCUUGAGUUCUUUCAUGUCAGCUUGAUCUUAAAUUUAUAACAGUUUAGAACCUCUAAAUCCUGCUUUUCAGGAACAACUGGAAAAUGUACACCUACUUCUGUCUCUCUCUCUCUCUCUCUGUCUCACACACACACACACACACAACAAACCCACCUCCACACACACCCACAUGCACACACACACACAAAGAGUAAAACAUUUCUGUUCCUUCAAGCCAGAAUAGAGA